UCGAACUCGAGCUCGCCAAGACACCGCCGAGGUCGUGCUUGUCUGUAGGCUCGACGGGAUCUCAGGCUCGGAUCGAUCUCGGCUCAAGAUGCCAUCGAACUCGAGCUUGAGGUCGUAGGCUCGCUGAGAUCGGCUCGUUGAUAGCCCUCCCGCUCAGGCUCAUCUCCCCACUUUCCUCCUCCCUUGGUGUUCCUUUCCCGGCGGCGACCACCGGGCCAGCGGCAGCGCCAUUCGUUACGUAUUCGCCCGGCCCUUUGCCGGCGAGGAGCAUCCACCAGGUUGAUGCUCUGGUUCCGGAAACUGGAAAACCCUUGACUUCUGAUUCUGCACCUGCACAUAAGAGAAUUCGUUGAAAUGGCAAGCACGGCAUGCUUUGUGAUCGUGAGUAAGAAUGACAUCCCAAUCUAUGAGGCUGAAGUUGGAUCUGCUCCAAAAAAAGAAGAUUUAGCUUAUCAGCAUCAGUUCAUUUUGCAUGCUGCAUUGGAUGUUGUUCAGGACCUUGCAUGGACUACCAAUGCAAUGUUUCUGAGGUCGGUUGAUAGAUUCAAUGACCUUGUUGUGUCUGUUUAUGUAACUGCUGGUCAUACUAGAUUUAUGUUGCUUCAUGACUCGCGGAGUGAUGAUGGAAUAAAAAGUUUCUUUCAGGAGGUUCAUGACCUCUACAUCAAGAUAUUCCUCAAUCCACUCUACUUGCCCGGUUCUCGGAUAACAUCCUCCCAUUUUGAUACCAAGGUCAGGGCUCUUGCAAGGAAAUACCUGUAGCAUACACACUCCUGUGGAAGAUCCUGUUUGGCAGCACCCUUUUCUUUCCCCCCAUGCCUAAUCUUGUUAGUCAGUAACUGAUAUAUACUGAAAGUCUCUGUUCUGCUAUACCAAAACAAUGCUGCUCAAACCACUUUUUUUUCUCUCCCCGAUACAUGUGAUGUAGAACGUUGUACACAACAAAUCUUAAGCUGUUCUCGUCAGUCAAGGACUGAUAUAUCCUAAGAUGCAUUAUACCAAAACAAUGUUGCCCCCACCAGGGCUUUGUUUC